AUGCAAAAGAAAAUAUGCUUCGCGUUAUCAUUGACCGUCUUUUGUUACUGGGCUGAGUCAUCGCCGUUAAAAGUGGGUACGUUGGGAUUCGACAACCUAGAUACAGACAUAUCAGACUUGAAGUACGAAGUCGAGGAAGAAGAUCUCGAUGAUUUCGCGAAACUACUUGAAGAAUCUGACGAAAUUAGUGAAAGCGCUAAAGAUGGUAAAGCUAAAGUGAAGACUUUAGGGUUUAAACGGAAGAAUGCAGCAAAAAAAGGUGUUACAGGAAAGAAAAACAUACAAGAUUUAAAAAAGUUUUACAAAACUGGAGCGUUGUACGACGACGGAGAUUACGAUGAUGAAGAAGAAUACGGAUUAGCAGAAGGGGUUGCGGGACAAGCUGUUAAUGUGAAAGGGAAGGAAAACAUUAAAUACAGAAAGGGUACAAAAGUGAAAGGUUUCCAUAGAGUUCAUCACAAAGACGAAUACAAGAAAGACAAGGAGUUUUACGAAGAUGACGAAAUAAGUGGUUCUAUAAAAAAGACUGGAGCUAAGAAGUUAGGGUUCAAAGUUGGUGCCGGUGCUGGUUUUCAGAAAGGCCACUUCCAUCACGACAGGCUGAAAGGAAUAUAUGGAAAAGAAGGAUUCGCUAACAAAGGUUUCUUUGACAAACAAUUCAGCGGUUUUGCAGAUUCACAAGGUUUUGAUGGAGCUUUUAAAAAUAAUAGUUGA